GUAUGAAAAAUUAUACGGUAGGCGCGCACAUGCACAUUUGACCGUCACUGCUGCCAUGCAUCGUGAAUUAAUGUAUAAAUGGGAGGUUCAAGGUGCCAUAUCUACCUUGUAUGAUCGACCACAAUCACAUUUUAAAAAAUUAGAUUUAGAAGAAAUUCAUGAGUUUCUUACAAGAUUUGAUUUGGAAGAAAUUAUUUCUAAGCAAUCUAUUGGGGCAAACUUUUUGCCUCCAUCAUCCACGACAUCUACCUUAUUAACUACUAAACCUUCAUCAGAUACUCCCGCAAAGUAUCGCAGCGAUCGUCCUAUAUUAAUAGUUAGUAGUACAAGUUGGACUGCCGAUGAAGAUUUUUCAAUACUAUUAAAAGCGGCAGAACAAUAUGACCAAGCCGCAGAUAAAACCUCUAAAAAUAAGUUCCCCAAGUUAGUUUUUAUCAUCACAGGUAAAGGUCCCUUAAAAGACAAGUACGAACGGGAAAUCAGUAAGAUUUCAUUGAAAAAUGUGAGAAUAGUGACAACGUGGCUAUCUGCAGAAGACUAUCCGUUAAUAUUAGGAUGCGCUGAUUUAGGAAUUUCUCUUCAUAAAUCCUCCUCUGGAAUGGAUCUACCAAUGAAAGUAGUUGAUAUGUUUGGAUGUGGGCUACCUGUCUGUGCGAUUAAAUUUGAUUGUAUUGGUGAAUUGGUGCAACAUAAUAAAAAUGGCAUUAUAUUCAAUAAUGAGGAAGA